GCCAUUCGCCAUUCACAACUAUGACGUACACACACCCUCCCCAGACCGUACUGUAGUGGGAUUCAACUGGGUUGCUGUUGUUGCUUGGUGAUAGUUUUUCACCAUGCUGCACUAAUUAGUUUCACUUCAGGGUGCCAUUUAGGCCAGAUAAUAUGAAACUUUUAAAAUAAAUUUUAUUGUAGAUUUGUUUAAUGUUUUCCCUAGUUUUUGAAUAUUUGAUACAAUGCUCAUCUUCUAUUUGUUCUUGGAAGCUCAAUUAGAAAUAGAAAAGAUGUUUUAUUCAUAGGCAUACAAAAAGAAGAUUAUAUGGUGAUUUGUUGUUAAGGAUAGGGGAUGAUAUGUGAUUCAUGUAAUAACAUUAGUGUAAAAUAAAACUACUCCCCUUCUGAAUACGGCGUGAAACUUUGUAGUUAAGUGUAGUAUGAUCAUUUCUAGCUUUUCUACAAAGUGCCAGUUUUUUCUGUUUUGCCACUUCAUUUUGCUUGGAGUGUUAUAACGCGAACUCUCGUGAAAGAUACCUUUGUGAUUCAAUAAUGAUAGUCAAAACACCAUUGGGCAUUAUCACUCCGUAGAGUUUUGAUAGAUUAUCACUGUCCUCGAUUUUAAUUUUAUUAGUCAUUUCCACCCAAAAUUAACAUCCCACUUUUUUAUUGGGGUUUCCCAAAUUGAACUUCCCAUUUCCUGUUUUUGGCAUGUGUCUUUUACUACUUUUAAAUGAAAGUACAUUGGUUUCUUGAUAGCCUACAUAUUUAAUACCUUUUCCUUUCAUGUUACCAAACCUUAAAACGUAGGCAUGGGCGUUAAUUAUAUAUGCUUCUUUUGAUAGUAAAGUAGCAGUUAGUUAAUGCAACUUUCGACGCUCAUCAUGGGUCAUCAGGAAACAACCGCUCUAUGUCUUAAACAUAGUGGUCAGGCUGGCCUCAGGCACUCAGGCUGCAUACAUCCGACCACCCUUACCUCGCAAUGUGCAUCUCCGUGCCAUUUUAACAUGGGAAUAUAAUUUUUGGAUGGAGGGAGUGAAAUCUUUGAUGUUUCGGCUAGUAUACCCAAGCACACUCUAAAGCUCCUUAACAAGUUCAUAUGAAUUUUUUCCCCUGUAUGAUGAUUUUAUAUGUUCAUUCUACGUGAAGUGUUCUACAUGUAGCAGUAGUUCAUUCCCACUCAGCUACACUUUAAAGUGAGUUUCAAGAUUUUGCAUGUUUUAUCUUCAUUAGCAUUCCGAAUGAUUUUAUGUCAUCCAUUAAGGAAUUUAGAUAUUCCAUGCAUUUUUUUGCUAAAUGCUAUCGUCUGUGUUUUAACAUGAAGGCCUACCUAAAUGGCAGCCACCCAGCAGCAGGAAAUUUGUGUCAUGAUCUUGUUCAAAGAGUAAGGUGUCCACAUAGCUGCAUUGGUCAAGUCAUUAGAAUAAGCCACUCUUCUAAUGAUUGGUCUUUUGGAGCUAUAAAACUGUAUAACAGCACAACAAGAAAACAUCUGAUACUGUUUGAUGAUGGGAAGAACGAGUAUGUUGACCUGUCAAGAGAAGAUUGGCAAUUGUGUACACAGCAAGUUUAAGCAUGUCCUAUAUUGUGUGUGAAAACUUUGAGCUCAUCCUUUUUGCCUGCUUCUCCCAUGCCUUAAACACAAACCUAUCAUUUACAUUAUACAAGCCAUUGUUGAACGCUAUGAAUUUGGUCAUUAGUCUUCUAUUCAUAAUGAAGCCAGAGAUUCUACUUUUGGGGCUUUGGUGUAGUCCUACCGAAGGUGUACUCUUGUCCUUUUUUUAAAUAAUACUGCAUCAUUUUC